CCUUUGGGGAUUCCCCACAGGGCUGAUACGAGUUUUGCUUUUAUUUAUUAAUGUAGAUAUGGUGUUGCCAGAGUCGUAAUAUGUUUGUUCCUGCUGUGAAGCUGAUUAGCAUUGAAGCUGAAGCAAUUUAAGGGUGACUACAAACACUGAUAGUUUAGCAUUAAAAACAACUACUGUUUACAGAAUGACAGAUGACAAUGAGUAUAAACUGCCCUUACGACACUGGCUUGUCAAAAAGAUUGAGGAAAGUGCAUUUGACGGGCUAGAGUGGGUGAACAGGGAAGAAAAAACGUUCAAGAUACCAUGGACCCAAAAGAAAUACCCAAACUGGGAAAAGCAUUGCGAAAUAUUCAAAGCGUGGGCAAAACACAGAGGCAGCACGAAUCUAGGAGAUCCUUUUGACUUUAAAAAGCUGAAAGGUAAUUUUCGUUGCGCUUUGAACAAAUCUGAUGAUUUUGAAGAAAUAAAGGAAAGAAAUGUGUCGGAUCAACAGACUGGGAAUUAUAAAAUAUACCGAUUACUUGAUAAAUCAGAAGUUACAGAAAAAAGAGCACAAAGAAAGCGCUCAACUGCUGGAUCGUCUGGAAGUAAUAAACCACCUGCUAAGCAACACAAAAGAAGUUAUACACCCGAUACAUCAGGGUGGCCUGGUGGAAGUAGCGUUUCUGUAAAAUCUGAGUACAAACAAGAAUUGGAGCAAAAAAUAAAUUCUGAUAUUGAGCAGCAAUUAAGCAAUUCCAUGUCAUCUUCACAAAUGGAUCAUGCUGACCAGUAUGAAAGUGGAAGCAUCUUUAGUGAAAGCAUCAAUCAAUUCCACCAAACAAUAUCCAUGCCAAGUGAAAGCUGCUCCACAAAUUUAACAUUGUUAAAUAACUUUCCAACAAACAGAAGCGUAAUACAACAGAAUGUUAGUGAACAGAUAAGUUUCCAGAAUUUCAGUAACAUCCUUUCACCAGAACACGUCAUACUGGCCAGCCCUGAAGCACCUGUUGAUCAAUUGUAUGAGCAGCCACCAUCUUUUAUUAGAAGUGUCCAUCCAGCAGAAGAAAUAGCCCAAUCAUUACCAACAUUUGAAACUUUCCUGCAAGGAUUUAACUUAUCUCGUGAAGACAUGCUCAUGUACAAGGUGACACUCAAGUAUAAUGGGAUGGUGGUAAAGUCAGAAAAGCUGUCAUUAGCCAAAGGUGUUCGAUUCAUGUUUGGGAGUCCUUUGCUGCAGAAAAACGUUGUUGAAGCUUUUAGAUCGGGUGAAAGGGAACUGGUAGAUUUGCAGACUUGGGAAUUUCCUGAACAGCAAAUGCUUUCUUCAAACUCGGCCAACAUAGAUAGCAUCUUAAAGUCCACUGAUCUUGGGAUAGUGUUACAAGCUCAGCAAAAUGGACUUACUGCAAAACGUCUUUGCCAAAGUCAGAUAUUUUACUUUGAUCAAUCAAAUCAAGGCGGCCAUUCAGUAAAACUAGAGCGGAAAGUGGCUAUAGAGGUUUUAUCCCAUGCAAAGUGGGUCCGGUCAUUACUGGAACAACAACGGGGUUCAAAUACAAUUUCUCCAAACGAGGGUUCAGUGAAAUUGGUGAUCGGAACCAAACCUUCAUCUAUAAGAUCAGUUGGCCUUGUUAGUCUCACCAUUCAAUCAGCAUGCGCUGAUAUUUUAAUUAAACAAUUUUCAGAUAAUGACAACCCAUCAGUGCUUGCUAGCAAUGAAUCUUCAUUGGAUGUGAUUAUUAGAAUGCUGGACCAGUGGGCAGUUGACCCAGACAGCAAUUUUACACCAUAGCACCGCUUUGGUUUUUAACUUCAAGUUCUGUAAAUUGUUUUAGUACAGACUUCAUGAUACACCUUUGUACAAAAAGAAGUUCCUUUGUUUAUUAAAUGUGAAAUCUUACAUAGUUACUUUUUAAGAACUUUCCUUGACAUUCAAGUGCCACUAAAUGUAAAAUAAUUUAAAGUAGUUUCAUUUUUAAAUGAAGAUAAAUGUCCAUUGAGUAUAUUUAAUUCAUUAGAUUUUUAUUUUCUGAGUGUGUUGAAUGUGUUCAUUCUGUUUGCAUGUACAAUUUCUAAGAACCUAUACACUUUAGGUAUUCAAGUUUCAAUGUAAUUAUAAUUAAUAGUACGGUGUUUUAUGUGUUUGCACUGCCCUGUAGUCCAUUAAAAGUUAUUUUUAUUUGUGAACAGAUGACCUGUAAGAAAUACUUUUGUCCUUAAAUUUACUGAGAGAGAGGCUUUGUAUUGAUCCUUGCCAUUAUAAUUUUAACAAUAGGUUCAGUGAAUGAAACAAUACACCACACAUUCUCACA